CGGCUGAGGGAGCCGCCCCGGCCCCAGCCCCGGCCCCGGCCGUUAGGGCAGGCCCCGCCUCUUCCGGGCCUCUCCGGCUGGGCCGCCGCCUCCUCCCUCGCUCGCUCUCCCUUUUGUGAGUUAUAGCAACCGUUGCCUUGUGAAUCAAGCGCCAUAGUCACCGUAGUCCUGGCGACUGUUACCCAUCAACAACAACCGCUCCUCUCCUGCUCCUCCUCCUCCUCCUCCUGCUGCUGCUCCUCACCCCCUUCCUCAUCGUCACCCACAACAACAACAACAACAACAACAACAGCCACCUCCAGCAGCAACGACAGCGGGAACACCACCGCAGCCCGCCUCAGCCCAGAGAUCACAAUGCAGACAUCAGAGACUGGGUCGGAUACAGGUUCAACUGUGACUUUACAGACGUCUGUGGCUGGCCAGGCAGCAGUGCCCACACAGGUAGUACAGCAGGUACCAGUUCAGCAGCAGGUACAGCAAGUGCAGACUGUGCAACAGGUACAGCAUGUCUACCCAGCACAGGUUCAGUAUGUGGAGGGAAGUGACACAGUCUACACUAAUGGAGCUAUCCGAUCAACAACUUAUCCUUACACAGAAACCCAGAUGUACAGCCAAAACACUGGGGGAAAUUAUUUUGAUACUCAAGGAAGUUCUGCACAGGUGACAACAGUGGUCUCGUCUCAUAGCAUGGUGGGCACUGGAGGGAUUCAGAUGGGUGUCACAGGAGGACAACUCAUUAGCAGCUCAGGAGGGACCUAUCUGAUUGGCAAUUCAAUGGAAAAUUCUGGUCAUUCAGUGACUCAUACAACACGGGCCUCCCCAGCAACAAUUGAAAUGGCGAUUGAGACACUGCAAAAGUCUGAUGGUCUGUCCACUCACAGAAGCUCUCUUCUCAACAGCCAUCUUCAAUGGCUUUUAGACAACUAUGAAACUGCAGAAGGAGUGAGCCUUCCAAGAAGUACCCUUUACAACCAUUACUUACGACAUUGUCAGGAGCACAAGUUGGAUCCAGUCAAUGCUGCCUCCUUUGGAAAACUCAUACGGUCAAUCUUCAUGGGAUUACGGACCAGAAGACUUGGAACUAGGGGGAACUCCAAAUAUCAUUACUACGGGAUUCGUGUCAAGCCAGACUCUCCUCUUAAUCGACUACAAGAGGACAUGCAAUAUAUGGCUAUGAGACAACAGCCCAUGCAGCAGAAACAGAGGUAUAAGCCUAUGCAGAAAGUGGAUGGAGUUGCAGAUGGCUUCACAGGAAGUGGUCAACAGACAGGCACAUCUGUUGAACAAACUGUAAUUGCCCAAAGUCAACAUCAUCAACAGUUUUUAGAUGCGUCUCGAGUACUUCCAGAGUUUGGAGAAGUUGAAAUAUCUUCUUUACCUGAUGGUACAACCUUUGAGGACAUCAAAUCACUGCAGAGUCUUUAUCGAGAGCACUGUGAGGCAAUACUGGAUGUGGUAGUGAAUCUUCAAUUCAGCCUGAUAGAAAAAUUGUGGCAAACUUUCUGGCGCUAUUCUCCCUCUGCUCCACCUGAUGGCACUACUAUUACUGAACCAAGCAAUCUGAGUGAAAUAGAAAGUCGACUUCCAAAAGCAAAGCUGAUUACUCUGUGCAAGAAUGAGUCUAUUCUGAAAUGGAUGUGUAACUGUGACCAUGUGAUGUACCAGGCUUUGGUGGAGAUUCUCAUUCCUGAUGUCCUUAGACCUAUUCCUAGUGCCUUGACCCAAGCCAUUCGCAAUUUUGCAAAAAGCCUUGAAGGUUGGCUUUCAAAUGCCAUGAACAAUAUUCCACAGAGGAUGAUACAAACCAAGGUUGCCGCUGUAAGUGCCUUUGCCCAGACUCUGCGAAGAUACACAUCUCUUAAUCACCUGGCUCAAGCAGCUCGUGCUGUGCUUCAAAAUACUUCUCAAAUCAACCAGAUGCUCAAUGAUCUUAACCGUGUUGAUUUUGCCAACGUUCAGGAGCAGGCUUCCUGGGUGUGCCAGUGUGAUGACAACAUGGUUCAGAGACUAGAAACAGAUUUCAAGAUGACUCUUCAACAGCAGAGCACUCUGGAGCAGUGGGCUGCCUGGCUUGAUAAUGUAAUGAUGCAAGCGUUGAAACCAUAUGAAGGAAGACCCAGCUUUCCUAAAGCAGCACGGCAAUUUCUGUUAAAAUGGUCUUUCUACAGCUCAAUGGUGAUUCGAGAUUUAACCUUGCGCAGUGCUGCUAGCUUUGGCUCUUUUCAUCUGAUCCGCUUGCUUUACGAUGAAUACAUGUUUUACUUAGUAGAACAUCGUGUUGCUCAGGCAACAGGAGAGACACCUAUUGCAGUUAUGGGAGAGUUUGGCGAUUUAAAUGCUGUGUCCCCUGGAAAUAUGGAUAAAGAUGAGGGCAGCGAAGUAGAAAGUGAAAUAGAUGAAGAGCUGGAUGAAAAUGGAGAGCCACAAGCCAAGAGGGAGAAAACAGAGCUAAACCAGGCAUUCCAGGUUGGCUGCAUGCAGCCAGUGCUUGAGAGUGGAGUACAGCAGAACCUCCUGAACCCAAUUCAUAAUGAGCACAUUGUUUCAACUACUCAGACUAUCCGACAAUGCAGUGCUACUGGAAAUACAUAUACUGCGGUCUAAUAUGAAACCUUGCCCACUGACACACACCCCAUUACAUUAGCCCUUUGGGUUUAAUCUGAAAAAAAAAUAAAGAGAAUAAGUCUGAAGGUCGACUGUUGUCAAAUUUUAGCUGUGCUGAACAUUAUUUUAUUGGAGUUGUUAAAUGGAAUGGGUGUAUGUAUUUUGCCAGAUCUGUUUAAAUAAAAAAAGAGAUUUUUUGUAAACAGAAUUGUUUUACAUUGGCCGCUCAAUAUGAAGAGUUUUCUUAGUAUCAAAUGCAAGGAAGAUUUUUGCAAAGCUUAAUGUUAAUGUUUUUGUCGUCUUAUAAUAAUUUAAAUUUUUUCAUAGUUUUUUAAAAAUAUUUUAAUGUUAAUUAUUAGUUACAAUGAUUAUUUCAUAUAGAUAAGUUUUUAAUUAGAUGCACUUCUGUGAAAUAUCAAAAGAACUAUUUUCUUUGAUUUACACUGGAGGCAUACUUAUUUGACAGCAGAUGUAUCAAAUUUGUUAUAAAAGGUGCUUUUCAUUGGACAACAAGAAGACACUAUUUUGAUAAAAUUGUGAGCAUUCAGGGGGAAUUUUUGUAAUAAUGCUGGAGGGUUGGGAAGAUCUCGUAGUUUCUUUCUGUGAGCAAGAAGCAAGUUCAAACGGCAGAAUUUUAACAGAAUGUGGUAAUAUGUAUGUCAUAAACAUACCUAAUUAUCUGACCAUCAUGUAAACAAUGCAAACUUCCUUUAAAAUCAACAGUUCCAGAUAUUAUUUGCAUACCAGUUCCUCUGUUUUGAAGACUACUGAUUCUAUAUGUGGGGCCACUCAACAGGUGCUUUUGGCUGUUGAGUGGUACUGUAGUUAUUAGAAACUGAAGCUAAAAAAGAAAUGACUUUAUUAUUAUUAUUAUUAUUAAUUUUAAGUGUACGUGCUACUUAUGCUGAACUGGACAUACAGGAAAACAUUCCAUUUGGAUGACUUUCUUCUGUUCCAGGUCUUUUCCUACUAGUGGUUCAAUCUGCUGCUCUUAGAAAAGAUGAUUUAUAGAAUGCAAGGAAUGUAGCAACCUGCAUCAUUUUCCUUUCAAAAAUAUUUCCUUGUUGUUAAAGUGGAUUUAAAUUUUUACAAAAAUUAGAUAAGGCAGUGUAACUGGCACACCUCACUUGUACUUAUUCCCAAUUGUGUAGAAUUUGAAUAGGUGGCUAGAUGGACCAUUGCCAUUUAAGAAUGUACAUCAGGGAUCAUUGUACCUCGGCUAUUACAUGGUGCCUUAAACAGAACUGAAGCUAAGACUUAGUACUUUUUGUUAUUCUUAACUCUUAAAUUAAUUCAACAAGGUGUGCCUGUCAUUUUCAAAAUCCCUAAGAAGUAAGGACAGGUUACAUAGCCUUCAAAAGAAUAAAAGGAUUUUUUUAUUAUUAAAUGAUUUUAAUAUCCCUCUUAGAAUGACAAUAAACCUAUUUUUUCUGAUUUCUAGCUGGAUUUCACUUUAUUACAAAUAAAAUUUGCUUGGGAAUUUGGAAAGCAAAACUAGCUUUAAUACCAACUUCAAAUGUCAAAAUAGAUUGACCAUAGUCCCAAGCAUGAUUAUAUAUUUUCUAAAACCUUGCCUACUUUUAAUUUUAAAAAUUAAAAAGAAAUAAAUGAGCAGGUACAUAAUGCAGUGCAUGUUUUCAAUUUCUAUAUUUUGUGGGGUAUCAGCCAGAUAUUACAUUUUAAUCAUUAAAUAAUGACAGUUUAUAGAGACCAUAUUAAUUGACAUUAAACAACUCAAAUUUUUCUUCUUAAACAUUUCAUUAUGCAGACACAUGAAUUUGCUACACUAAAAUUGUGGAAAUAAAUAAGCCAAAAGGUGAAGGAGAGCACAAAAAUAUCAACUUUACAGAAAAGACUGUGUAAGAAAAUUAGGGAUUAUUUUAUUUUGGUUUAUCUAGUGUGUCUGAAAAUGACUUUAAAGUCAUAUAUACCAAAUGGGAGAAGAGCAUGUAAAAUGAACAGCGUAUUUAUAGCAAACAAGUUUGUUGCUAGAGUUUACAUACGCUCCAAAUACAGGUGCACAUCAACUAAAAUGUCCUAACAUUAUUGGUGUACAAAAUUAAAUUCUAAUUCCUUUGCAGAAUUGGGAGGUGAACCCAUCCUGCUCAUUCUAUGUAGUCAUAAUUCCUACUAAUGUCAGUAGAUGGCUUUUGCCUCAGUAAAAAGUGGAAGUGAGGUUUAUAUUCAUUAUUUCUACACUCAUAAAUGCACUGAAUCUCAUUAUAGAUUUUGUUCUCACAUAUAUCGCUCAGUGUGUCCUGAUUUUGCCUUGGAAAUCAGCACAUCUGUACCCUUCACCAAAAAUGCUAAAACUAAGCUGUGAUAAAUAUUUACUCCCCUUCAUUGUGCAUUAUAAGAUGUUUACAAGUAAAAUAAAGUGAAAUAAUUCAACUUUUUUUUCAUUUUCAGCUUUUUUUAAUACUGUAGUACUUGUUUCAAUUUUUUUGUUGAUGGACCUAUAAUGUUUUCUUAUUAUUGUCCUUUCUUGGUUUAAUGUUGGAUUUGUUGUUGCUGAGAAAAGAGUAUGAUUGUAAUAGGUAAAUCUAGAUUGCUAAAAAAGGUGGGACCUGAGUAUCUUUCAUUAUUUAGCUCCCCACUCCACUCAGUUGUUCAGUGUUCACAAAGUGCAAAACAAAACUGAACAAAAAUCUGAAUACAAAAAUGGAAUGUAUUUCAUAGCUUCUAAAAACAAUGAGUUAUCAAAACAAAUUGGAACUAUCCCAGGUUCAGAAAACUGAAUGGAGUCUGUAUUCCUAUGCUUAAAUUCUAAAGAUUUUACCAGAGUUUUUUAGAACUAUGUUACUGUAAGCUGCGUUGUAUACUUACAGAUUUAGGGGGUCUUCUGUUUUAUUUUUACAUUUACUAAAAUUUUAAUCAAACACUUAGAUAAAACAUUUUGCACACUCUUGCUAUUUAAUAGUUGGGGGUUAGUAAUCAUUAAACUACAGAGAUACGAAUACCUCAGUCCAUAUUCUGUAAUGUGUAGCAUGCGGUUGCAUUGCCAUACCAGCUCCGAAGUCUAUUGUUAGUGCUCUGGAGAGGUGUAGCAUGUAUCCACAGGGUAGACAUUAUGAGAGUUGACAUGGUUUAUGUGUUUUAUCUAAUCUUGACAUGGAAUCCAAAAUAAUUAUUUUAGAGGCAUUUCCCUCAUUAGCACAAAUGGCACAGUGAACAGUGUCGGGGAAUGGGUAUUGUUGAACUACCUUUUCAAAACACAGGGCCCAAUUUUCAAAAGUUUUAUAUUUAUUAAAAUUUGUUGGUACAUUUUCAUCUUUCUCAUGCUAAAUCAGUUUUAAAGCUUUUUUUUUUUCUGUUUUCAAUUAUUAUUUCUGUGUUUUCCUCUUGUACUGCAGCAUGCUCUAGGCACCUUCUUUUAAAAAAAGUUCCAUAAAAAUUUGGAAAACAGAUUUUAAAUUAUUUACCUAUAAAAUGAUGAUUUACAGCAUUACUGCCUUUAGUUCAAAAAUAAGAAAACAGAUAAUGUUCUGUCAUUCAGGAAUGUAUAGGUCUAUAUAAAAAUAUAAUUUAAAGUAAGGUAUUUUUAAAUACCAGGAACACUUCUUUUGUUCACCUUGUUUUCUCUAGGACAAAUGAUCUGCUAUCUUUGUCAUUCUCACUAACUGACAUCUGCACUGUUUAGAAAAAAUUUUAUAUUAGCGAUGCACUGCUAUCCAAUUUAAUGCAGAAUGUUUUUACAAGAUGAAAACAACCAUUGAUAGCCAUAAAAGUGCUGAUGAAAAAUAGAUUUAUUAGUAAUAUAACUAUACAACAAUAAUUUUUUAGUUUAAAACAUUCAUUUGAGAGAGCAGUAUGAAUUUCUGAAAAUUGGGCCCUUGUCUCUAACAGGACAUCCUCUUUGUAUAUGGUUUAAAACAAAUCAAUAAAUGGAAUUAUAGUAUCUCUGCUAAUUUGUUUGGUGAUUUGAGACAAACAAAUAAUAAAAACUGGAAUAGAAGCAUAAACACAGUGCUUAGUUCUAGUAUUAGAAAAUUAAUUUGAUAUAAUGCCUUGCAUUAACCCUUUGAGCAUUGUAAGUAACAUGAUGGGAACAAAGCUUUUUAGAUAAUUUAAUUAGUCCAUUGAGCAUAUACUUUGAAAUAGCUGAUAGUGUUGUAGAAUUUUUUAAAAUUAUGUUUGAAGUAAAUACUUGCAUACUAUACGGGGAUGGUUUUGUUAUAGGAGGCUCAAUAGAUGUAGGCAAAAUAUGCACUGCCAUUGACAUAUACUGUCUAAUAGAAAACAGUAUUUCAGCUCCCUUGUUUUCAUAAUUGCAUAAAUAUAUAAAGAAAAUCAAACAUGUUUCUACAUAUAUGAAGUUGUCUACUUUAAGAUGCCUUUAGAAGAUAAAGGUUUAGAAAAUGUAUUUAGACUAUUUUGAAAAUCUCCCGAGGUAGGUUAGUAUUGGAAUACUCUGGUACUGUAAAAGAGAAUCUUUAGGAUUAAAAGAAGGCUUAAUGAAGAAGAAUAAAUUUUGCAGAAUAUUUGAUAUGUUUGCAUUGAAAUUUUUGGCAGUGUUUUUGAUAAACAAGAACAAAAAGUGCACACUCAUGUUGAUAUUCCUUUUAAAACUCAGUCACUGCAAUAAUGACUAGCUAAAAGAUGAAGUUAUUUUAUACAUCUUCAUCUACAGGGGUACAGUUUGGGUGGCCCUUAUUGAAUGUCAGAAUUUUACAAGCAACCUAGAAAUUGCACAAGCCUUUUGCCAUUUUAAAGAGCCCCUUUGUUCUUAUGAAUACUGCUUACAAAAGCAAGGGAGCAAGUGUAGUAGCAAGUAGAGAUUCUUUGAACUUACAGAUAGAAAUGCCACCUUACUAAGUGAGAGUACAAUACAUUUUCUACUGGUUUCUUGCAAUAUCAAUCAGUCAGCAAACGCUAAGUGCAGCUGUACUUAUUUAAGUCUAGCUGAGGGAAAAAAAAGGGUCUCAUUUUAAGUUAUUUAAUGGAAUUAUGUCAGUAGUAUAGUGCAAAUAAGUUGUAAACAUUUUUAGUCAGUUAAUGCAAAAUCAUGCAUAAUUAACAUAAAUGCAAUACUCAAAGGGUUUUAAUUUAACAACUUUUUUUAUUCAUAAUUUACUGUAAAUGCUUCUGAGUUUGCAUGCCUUGAUCAUUGCUGCUAGUGAUUUUAUGUGCCAGUAGACCUGAGUUUGAUUUACCAGUUUAACUAAGAAAUAGUAAAAGCCACUUACAAAGUGACUGCCUAGUGUUUGUUUGAAGUAAAAUAUGCCUUAGUUUGAAAAUGAUCAUUUUAACUCUUGUUUUAUUCUGAUUUUUUUUUUUUCCUGUUGAAAAAUUAAAUUAGCAUUUUAAGAUUGGAAGCCCUGAGUAGUUAAUUAUUUGGUAAGAACUGUUCUUAUAGAUUGCUCAUUAAGGCUGAAAUUCACUGUAGAAAAGAAGGCCCGGAACAAGCCUAUGAGCAUCAAAUGAGCCUCACUUAAAUCUAAAUCAGGAAAAUGUUCUUUAUAUGUUCUUAAGCACUUUCUUGAUUAUGGUGCAAACAUGUUACAGGAGUUUUCAGUUCUGGAUGAAUUUUACUCUUAAAUAAUAAAUGUCUCUGUGAGAGGAAUUUAGGCUUUGGAGGAACAACCUCGCAUGGAUUGGUAUUUACCAGGAACUCAGUUCAGUUGUUUUUGACUCACUGAUACCAGCAAGAGAUUUUUACACGAAGAAUACUUAAAGGGUUCCCCAAAUAAAGUUUCCUUCAAUACAAUAUUAAAGUGAUUGCCUUGUGUUUAAACAUGAAAUAUCCAUCUUAAAGUAACCCAAUUAAGCAAUUUAAAAUAUGCUAGGAAAAUAUCACUUUGUACCAAAGCAAGUUGCCCAUUUCCACUCAUCUUCACUGAAAAUUUGGAUUUACAGUUAAUAAUCAAUGAGGCUGUUAAACUUUGAGUGCCUUUCAAAAACUUGGAAAAUUGUGCCUGAGGUGGUAAACUUUAAUUAGGUUAAUUCUAGAGCUACCAAUCAGUAAUUUUGUCAUCACUCAGGGCUUUCUUACCUUCUAGGAAACUUCUUUUGUUGCAUUUAUUUUAUACUGUAUUUUUUUUAAGUGCCAUCAUUUAAAUUUCACUUAGUAAGUGGCAGAUUACAUUAUUCAGUCCCACAGCACAGAAACAUCAUAACACUAGGACAUAUUCAAACUUUUAUUUUCCAGUUGACUGAAUAUAUUAUGUAAAUGAGGUAAGCAACUUUUUGUAGAUUGUAUGUGUGAGAUAAUGUAAUGUUCUUUUCCAGUUUUUGGACUACAGUUGAAUAUACUUUUUAAUUAUUUAAAGAAAACAUCUUUACAGAAUAACGUGAUGGUUUUUUUUGUAUAAUGUAUUUGAUUUUGUAAAUACGUAUUUCCUGAUGUGAUUUUUGUGAGAAAUGCUAAAUCUUUUAGUAUAUCAUGUCCUCUCAAAACUGGCAGGAGCUAAAUAAUAGUUUGUGGGCAAUUUGUAUUGUGUACUGUACAAUAACUGGGGAACUUUUAUAAUUAUAAAAAUAUAUAUUAACUUUUAGUGUGUUGUUUAAAAAAAAUGACUGGAACAUACUAAAGACAGUAGGAUUUUUCUGAAUAUUUCAGACUUGAACUCAGGCUAGCUUUCUUGUGUUUUUCAAAACGAAAUUGUGUCUUGUCUUUUAAAAUCAAUAAAUUUGUUUUCUUGUUACAAACAUA